AUGGACAGCAUAUCUUCAUCGUGUGGUGAGGAAACGAUUCCUGGUGAACUCUCGCCAGAAUUUUUACAAAGAAAAUUAUAUUUCCUCGUAGACAAAUUGAAGACAAUGCAGAACCAAUUGCCAGAAAUAUACCAAUCGAGGAUUUCAUAUGAAUUACUCACGGAAUUGGCCAACUCCCUGCUAAACGAUACUAUAUUUGAAAUCGUAAAAGGAUUAAUGGAGAUACAACACGUGACUGAGAAACAUUUGUACCAAUUACGAGAACAAGUUCAAAAUGAAUACGAAAUCGAAGUUCAGGAAUGGAUAUCAAAAAUCACUGACCAAGAGGAACUCCAACACAUUCUCCAAUUGAUGAAAAUAAAACACACGAAAAAAAUGAAGGAGACCGAUAUGAAGCUGAUUGCCUUACUAGAUCAAAAAGUUAAAGAUCAACAGUUGACGCUUCACAAGGCUGGUGUAGCCGGAUUUUACGUGACCGACAAUCCAAAAGAAGUCAAAAUUCAAAUGUUCCUAUUAGAUUUUAUACUGCGUUUAUCAAGAAUAAAAUUUGAGCCAAAUAAAUGA